CUAUCAACUGCUGCACCCGCAAAACACAAACACAAACCAACAGAAUGGAUGUCUUAACUCAGAUUCUGAAUAUGAAUGCUGGUGGCGCGUAUGGCGGUGGCAAAGCGGGUGGCGCCUUUGAUCCACUCACAUUCGCGAUGAAGCCUCAAGUGGUGAUACGUGCCCUCUGUUGGCUAUUUUCUAUCAUUGUCUUCGGCUGCAUUUCAUCGGAGGGUUGGCGCACCGACGAGAACGGCAAGGAAGUGUGUCUGUACAAUGGUGAUGGUAUGGCAUGCAAGUAUGGCAAUACAAUUGGUGUUUUCGGUUUUCUGGCGUCGAUGGCUUUCAUCGGUGGUGAGUUCCUAUUCGAACGCAUGUCAUCGGUGAAGAGCCGGAAACGGUAUGUGAUGGCGGAUAUGGGAUUCUCAGCUGCCUGGGCUUUCAUGUACUUCAUUUCGUUCGUGUACUUGUGGUCGCAAUGGUCCUCGUCACCCAUGCCACCCGGAGGUAUCGGCGUUGGAAACAUGCAGGCGGCCAUUGUUUUCUCAUUCUUUUCCAUUUUUGUGUGGGCCCUUUGCGCCUUUCUCGCCUACAAACGUUUUCUUAUCGGCGCCGGCGAUGAAUUCACAUCUGCCUUUGAAACAGACCCAGCGAACGUGGUGCAUCAGCAAGCUUACACCAGCUACUCCAUGGACAACGACAACGAUCAGUACAGUAAGUCGCCGUUCAGUGGCCAACAACAACAAGGCAUGGAACAGCAAGGAAUGGAACAGCAAGGCAUGGAAUAUCAACAGCCCACCUAUUAGAGCAAGAUAAGCCAAUAACAAAAUAUGAGCAAGAACGAUUGGCAAGUGAUUGCCAAUUAGGCUCAUGGAAUUGGGUACUUUGAGAGUGUCGCUUGAUUUGUGCUGUAGGAAGCAGCAGCAGCAGCAGUAAAACUAAAGCAAAUUUUUUAAAUUGAAGCAAACAAAAAAACAAAAUGAACCGAAAACACCGAUAGCAAACAUAUACAUACACACAUACAUGCAUAUGUAGACAAAUAUACAAAUAUACUCAUAAAUAAAAUUAAAGAAAAUGUAAAUUUAUGUAUUUGCAAUUGAGUGCAAAAACAAAAAACUUGUGCAAAAAGUUAGCAGCAGCAGAGAAACUGAAGAACUAAACACACCACAUGCAUACACACAUACACAGAUACACCCGUAUGCACUACUACCAACCGAAUUGGAAAAUGGCGUUCACAAAUGAAAUGACGUGCAUUCAUAGUUGGAAUUAGAGUUGACUCCGAGUCGAUGCCAGUUCUUUAAAAGAAAUUAUGCAAAAAUGCUUACUCUGAGGAGGCUGAGGCGGCUUAAGACUUACUGCGCGCAAGACUUCUAUUUUAAUGUUUUUUCAACUAAUAUUUCCAACUAUGAGUGCGCGUGUCUUACAAAAGAAAAAUAAAAAAAAUAAAAUCAUGAAAAAGCGAUUAAAUUAAAAGCAAACACUUAAGUGCAAAAGUUUAUAAUUGUAAUUGUGUAAAUUUUAUAAAUUCUAUGUCGCAUUUAAACGAUGAAUCGCUGUAUAUCAUAGGUGUGUGCAGCGCGUGAAAAUGUAAUAAAAUGCAAAAAAGUUGUAAAAUGCUUUGGCUUCAACUUGAGAAAUACACUCGUAAGUGGAAAUGAAUAAGUAGUUAUUAGUAAAAAAAAUAUUUGUUAAUAAAAGUUAUAGGCAUGGAGCGAAGGAACACUUAUUAAACGUAAUCACAUAUGUAUGUAUGCCCAGACGCAUACAUACACACAUAUAGACACAUAUUUUUGCAGUGACCAAUUGUAAGCUUCUAUAGCUGAUUAUGUAGACUUUGCGAAUAAACAAGUUAUUUAUUGCUGGUAAAUUAACAAAACACACAACCCUAAUGUAUACAUAAGCAAGCCAAUAAUUUUAAAUAAAUAACUGGAAAAUUUUUAAAAUUUACAGCAAACAAGCGAAUGUUUGUAAAUUUACAUACGAAAUAUCAACAAAGCCGGCAAGAAUUAAGAAUACAUUUCGAAUGUCAUAAAUUCAUAUACAAACAUACAUAUGCAAACAAACUCUUUAUGCCAUUAUGCAUACAGGUAACUCACGCAUGUAUACAUACAUACAUAUAUUUAAUAUUUAUGUAUGCACAUAACAUUGAAAUUUACAUACCUACUAAAGUAAAUCGUAGAAAAUUAGUGGUUUUUGAAUAACUUAUUAUUUAGUUAUAGAAAAUUAACAAUAAAUAUAACAACAAUAACGAAAACUCAUAAAACAUA